GUGAUUUCCGAAAAUUUUUAUCGCGUGAGAUAAUCUUUUGGCGUCAUUGAAAUGUAAAAUAAAAAAAAGACGGAUAAAGUUAAUGAAGCGUCUCAGUAAGCAAUAAACUAGAGAUGUCCAAAUCAAAUUCUAUCGCGGAAUGAUUUAUUGUGCGUAAAUAAUGACGGCGUCUCAAUAAAAUAAUAAAAUGGUAAUAAAACAAUAAAUUGUCUGAAUAAAACGCGCAUUACGGGAAACGCUUGAAAAUUAACCGGUUCUGGACAGAAAAUCGAUGUCAUCAAUCUUGCGGUUUGCUUAAAUAUCGGUAACAAUACUCCGAGAGGGGUCUCUUGCACAAAUCAUGUUGCAAGAUUCAUUGUUUCAUUGCAAAUUUCCGAAGAGAAUUUCACAGUUUCUCAACCGCGGUCUUCAGUGAUGAUGCGUGAUUUUCGUCCCGAGAUCUAAAAACUGAACAUCGGCCCGAAGAAUGGCAGCAUGGUGCUCCAGCUCGUCUUGCCCGCCAACGGACAUGGGGACACUACCUCCAAUAUCGACGAAAUUUUCAGUGGUAACAAUAAACGUCGAAGUUCCGGUAGCCAGCCGGAGCUGUAUUCAACGCCAGAUACGGAAUGUUACGUCAAUACGGCUUUCAGCAAUGAUCUGGGCGACUAUAACCGGAAUUUUGUCCAAACACCCAUGUCGCUAGAAUCGACCAGCGAUCAAGCGAAAUCGACGAGCCCAGAAGACAAAAAGCAGAAUUUCAGGAAGCACCUCACAAAUAUCCUCAGUUCGAUGUACGCCCUUUUCGUCGUCACGCUGGGCUUGGUGGUGUAUAUAAGCGAUGUGAUUCUGGAAAGCAAUCCCCUAGCUGAACGUUUGCAGACUUUCAGCCUUUAUUUAGUCGUCAUCGCACUCAUCUUCAUCCUGUACUUAACGGUCGAUGUCAAACUGUACGUAAACAAGAAAAACAAAUACAACGAUCUGUUGGAAAAGAACGUUGCCGAAGAGAUCGAAAUGAAGGAGUCGGCCAGCGGUGAUUACCAACUUAAUAUCAGGCUACCGGAAGCCGUUAGAGUGAAACAAUUAGAACAUCAUUACUGUUUCAGCAAGGACAGGCAUUCCGCUAAUUUUUAUCUCAAAAUUGGAGCCGCAGUUUUCUGUCUGGGGCAUUUGAUACACAGUGGACUCCUCAUAGGGUAUCAGAUACUGUUCCUGACCUCGGACGGGGAAGACUUCUACAAGUGUGCGACAGUCACCAGCUUAAUCCUAGAUAUCGUCUACCCCAUCUACUCCUUCUUCCUGCUCUACUUCAUCUUCAAAUAUUCCAACAUAAUAGUCAACCGUCAUUUGGCCGUGGUCCGCUUCGGUCUGAUGCACUGCAUAGCCUCGAGUUUAUGCUUCUGGGUGUGGACGAUCCUCCGCGAGACCAUUGAGUCGCUGUCGCACCACAAGGAGGACUCCGCCAGUGAGGAGCUGCCAACGACCUCGGAGUCGGCAUUCUUCAGCAGCCCCCAGGCGCUUCCUCUCAUUUCGUACGACAAAAGGGGCGCCAAGCUCCUGACGGCUUAUCUCAACACGACCGUUCGUCAAUUCGUCAGCGAGUGUCAGAACGACGCUGGUCUCAGUCUGAUUUAUCGCAACUAUUCCCCUUAUUUGUAUCCGUUCUCCGUCGAGUACAGCAUCCUUGUCGUUGGGGUGUUAUUCGUGAUAUGGCAGAGCAUCGGGAAAUGCAAACAGAAAGAGGAAAUGUCAUCGACGAGACAAUGCGACACUCCGGUAGGAAAUAAUGAUAAUCUCGAGAGCAACGUAGUUAUUCACGCCGAUUGCCAUUCAGCCAACAAGGGACUCUUCAGCGGAAUUGUCAUCAUGGUCUUGACGGUUGUCAGUGUUAUAUUGUUCCUCAUCGCUUUCAACGAUUCCCGCUACACCGAGGAAGCCGUCUCGAUCAACAGCUCCACAUCCAUCAUCAUCACUCUGCUGAUGACCAUUACCGUCAUCUUCGCCUAUCGGCAAAUCACUAAACUGGACGUCAGCCAGUCGCAUGUGUCCCUUCUUGACGACCUCCUCCUCUUCGGCUGCAUCCCGGCGUUUUUCCUUAACGGAAUCGUCAGUAUUAUCCCAGCCGUCAUCUCCCAGAACGCCACAAGCAUAGUGCUUAUCAUCCUGGAAGUGGGUCAAGUUCUAGUGCAAACGCCGCUUAUCAUCGACGGGCUGCGACGUUGCAGCAACAGUAAGGAACUCAGGAGAGAAAAACCCGGGCGGGAACUAUUGACUUUCCUCAUCGUUUGUAAUGUGGCAAUGUGGAUCAUGCAAACGUUCGAGGUGAAAUCGCACGGCUUGCAAGAUCACAAGAACGAGUUCUACGGCGAGGAGCUGUGGACGAUCAUCGGGCAUCUCUGCGUCCCUUUGAUGAUGUUCUACAGGUUCCACUCCUCGGUCUGCAUUGUGGAUAUAUGGAAGUACGCGUACGAAGAGGGUAAACAUUGAAUGUGUGUGUAUAAUAAUUUAUGUUUUUGUACAAUAAACGUUGCUGCCGAAUAUAAAAUGCUCUAUUAUUGA